AUGUCGAUCUCUGUUAAACUAGUUGCAGCCGAGUCUCUCUAUAAGAGGGAUGUUUUUAGGUCGCCGGACCCGUUUGCGGUUCUGACUAUUGAUGGUUCACAGACCAAGUCUACUGUGGCGGCGAAGAAGACUUUAAAUCCAUAUUGGAAUGAAUCAUUUAUAUUUACUAACGUUACGGAGAAUUCGAUUUUAACCAUUCAGGUGUUUGACCAAAAAAAAUUUAAAAAGAAAGACCAAGGAUUCUUAGGUGUGAUUAAUGUUCGAAUUGGGGAUGUUUUAGGACAUUUGGAUGAGGAUACGGUUGGCUCUCCUGACGGCAGGACUAGAGAGGAGACUAUAACAAGGGACUUGAAACGAUCCAAUGAUGGGAUGAAUGUUAGCGGACGUCUGAUUGUUGUGCUAUCCAACUACUCUCCAGAAUCCGCUUCAUCUGCGCAGUCGAAUGAUCGGGCAGUUCCUUGCGUCAUCGUUAAUAGCCCAACGGAUGGUGGUGAUGCGGUGCUUCCGGGUAGGAAUAGAAAUCCUACUUUGCGGAGAAAUCCGUCGCAAUCUUCAGCAGGCAAUGUGCCUAACAAUACAGGCCAUCAAGCUUCAUCUAUGCAACCGAAUGUUUAUAUGCCAGCUGCUCAAAGCGGUCAGCCAGUCACUCCUACUAACAAUAUUCCAGUAAAUGCUGGAAGCAGCAGAAACCCUAAUAAUCAAACAAGACAGUAUUCUUCUUUUGAAGACCAGUAUGGUCGCUUACCGCCUGGUUGGGAAAGGAGAACGGAUAACUUCGGUCGUACAUAUUACGUCGAUCACAAUACUAGAACUACAACAUGGAAGAGGCCAACUUUGGACCAAACUGAAUCAGAGAGAGGUGAUCAAUUAAUUGCGAACACUGAGUUAGAAAGAAGGCAGCAUAGGGGCAGAACUCUUCCUGGAGGACCCAGCUCUGAUGCUGGUGCUGUUACUAUUCAGCCUGCAGGCGCAGGCUCGGUAACCCCUGCUGUGAAUGGAUCUGCGGCUGCAGCUUUUGCCUCUACAGGUGCAACUACAUCCGGUUUGGGAGAAUUACCACCCGGGUGGGAGCAGAGGUUUACUCCCGAGGGUAGAGCUUACUUUGUUGACCACAAUACAAGAACCACUACUUGGGUUGAUCCAAGAAGACAGCAGUAUAUUAGGACGUAUGGGCCUGUCAACAAUACAAUCCAGCAGCAGCCAGUAUCCCAGCUGGGUCCAUUGCCUUCUGGUUGGGAAAUGCGGUUAACCAACACUGCAAGGGUUUAUUUCGUGGAUCACAAUACAAAAACUACAACUUGGGAUGACCCAAGACUCCCAUCCUCACUUGACCAAAAUGUUCCUCAAUAUAAACGUGACUUCAGACGUAAGGUUAUUUACUUCAGGUCACAGCCUUCGUUGCGUAUAUUACCAGGUCAGUGUCACAUUAGGGUGCGUAGGAAACACAUAUUUGAAGAUGCUUACCAAGAAAUUAUGAGGCAAACUCCUGAAGACUUGAAGAAAAGAUUAAUGAUUAAGUUUGAUUCCGAGGAAGGUUUGGAUUAUGGUGGUGUCAGCAGAGAAUUCUUUUUCCUACUAUCUCACGAAAUGUUCAAUCCAUUCUACUGUUUGUUCGAGUACUCUUCGCAUGAUAAUUACACAAUUCAAAUAAACCCUAAUAGUGGAAUCAAUCCUGAGCAUCUAAAUUACUUCAAGUUCAUUGGAAGAGUUGUUGGAUUGGGUAUAUUCCAUAGGCGGUUCUUGGAUGCCUUCUUUGUUGGUGCUUUAUACAAGAUGAUGCUGAGAAAGAAGGUUGUGCUUCAAGAUAUGGAGGGCGUUGACGCUGAAGUCUACAAUUCUUUGAAAUGGAUACUUGAGAAUAGUAUAGAUGGCAUUUUAGACCUAACAUUUAGUGCAGAUGAUGAAAGAUUUGGGGAAGUGGUUACGGUUGAUUUGAAACCAGGCGGAAGAAGUAUUGAAGUUACGGAUGAAAACAAAAAGGAAUAUGUAGAAUUGUUUACUCAGUGGAAAAUCUGUACAAGAGUUGAAGCGCAAUUAAAGGCAUUUAUGGAUGGUUUUAAUGAAUUAAUUCCCGAGGAUUUAGUGAAUGUCUUCGAUGGACGCGAGUUAGAAUUAUUAAUCGGUGGUAUUGCUGAAAUUGAUGUCGAGGACUGGAAGAAACAUACUGACUAUCGUGGUUACCAGGAGUCAGAUGAGGUUAUCCGCUGGUUCUGGAGAUGCAUCUCGGAAUGGGAUAAUGAGCAGAAGGCCCGUCUGUUACAGUUUACAACUGGUACUUCGCGUAUUCCUGUUAAUGGUUUUAAGGAUCUACAGGGAUCGGAUGGACCAAGAAGGUUCACAAUUGAAAAGGCAGGUGAGGUGCAACAGUUACCAAAAUCACAUACUUGUUUCAAUAGGGUAGAUUUACCUGCUUACCCAGACUAUGAAACCUUGAAGCAAAAAUUAACAUUAGCUGUCGAGGAAACUAUUGGCUUUGGUCAAGAGUGA